GACUUCCUGCGCGGGAGGCCGGAGCCGUUCGGUCGCGGGGUUCUCCGUGGUCCUUGUUCGCGCGGCGGCGGCGGCGGCGGCGUCUCCGGGAGGAGGCGCGCGGGGCCAUGACGUCAGCGUCCACAAAGGUCGGAGAGAUCUUCUCCGCGGCGGGCGCCGCCUUCACGAAGCUCGGGGAGCUGACCAUGCAGCUACAUCCCGUGGCCGACUCUUCCCCCGCGGGUGCGAAGUGGACGGAGACGGAGAUAGAGAUGCUGAGGGCUGCUGUGAAGCGAUUUGGGGACGAUCUUAAUCACAUCAGCUGUGUCAUCAAGGAACGGACAGUGGCGCAGAUAAAGGCCACCGUAAAACGCAAGGUCUAUGAAGACUCUGGCGUCCCCCUUCCAGCUGAGUCACCCAAGAAAGGGCCCAAGAAGGUGGCAUCUGGUGUCUUGUCAUCUUCUCCAGCUGCCCCUCCACCUAGCAGCUCCAGUGUCCCUGAGGCUGGGGGUCCCCCCAUAAAGAAGCAGAAGGCUGAUGUGACACUCAGUGCUCUGAACGACUCCGAUGCCAACAGUGACCUGGUGGAUAUUGAAGGGCUGGGAGAAACUCCUCCCGCCAAGAAACUCAACUUCGACCAGGACAGCCUGACCCUGGAUUCUGGCCUUCUCAUGACCUCUGCUGACCCUGCUCUACAGCCCCGCUGAACCUCUGACCCCUCUCGCGGCUCCCCCCGGACCUCUGGAUUGCCUGGGACUCUGAGCAGGGCCUGCAAGAGGAUGGUCGAGCGGCUGCCAGGGCUGUGCACCUCGCUGUUCCCGUACAAGCCUCUGCCCCCAGUCCCCUCAGCCACCACCUGAUGGACAUUUUUAUACAGAAAACAAUAAAGAAUUCCCUCCCA